AUGUCAGAUAAUUCUGACGUCACGGAAACUAAACCCGAAGAAAAAGAAACUACAAUCCCCAGCAAAGAUGACGAUACUCUUGACGAGAGUGAGAAUGAUAACUCCCCUGAUAGUAUAGAGACCGAUGAGGAUGAAGUGCAGAAAGAUAGUGGCAAUAAAAAAUUGGAUGAACCAAAAAACGAUAAACCUGAAGAUGAGUCUCAAGAUAAUGGUGAAAAAACAAGUAAUGAAAAUUCGACCAACGAAAAAUCUCCAAAUGAUAUUGACAGUACAACUGAAAACAGUGAUAUUGUUGAUGAAAAUAAAAUCAUCGACUCAUCAAAUAAUGAAAGCGCAAACAGCAAAACCUUGUUCGAAUCUCCCUCAGACACAUCUCUGAGCGACAGCAAUGCCACACUUUCAUCGACCCAACAUCAAGACACGACCAGCACAUGGAUAUACCUAUUACUAAUAAUCACAGUAAGCAUAAUCCUUCUAUUAUCCUACCGUCUAAUGCGCCGAAAAUCAAAACCCGCUUCACGCAAACAAUGGCGUGGUCUCUUAAACGCAGCAGAUCGCGAUGCACCCAGUAAAUAUAACGAAAUCGAUUAUCAGGAUGUCGAGAUGCAGGAUUGGAGUGAGAGCGAUCGUGAGGGAGAUGUCGAAGAUAAUGAAUAUUUGGCGGCGGAUAUUGAAGGAUCGAAUGAUCAUUAUAACGCAAAUUUUAAUGUUGUGUUUUACCAAGAUAAUGAUGACGAUAAUGAUGUUGGAUUUUCAGAAGAAUCUGAAAAUAUUGAUUACUUAGCUAAUGUCGAAGACGAUAUCGAUGAAACUGAUAAUUGGGGAUGGCCAGAUGUGGAUGAUAGUACUACUAAUUUAUUAACUUAA